AUGGAGCCUCCCGCCCUCGCCGCCGUCCUGGCCUUCUCCGGGCUGGCGCUGAGCUGCUGCCGAGAGCCCGUCCUGUCCGAAUGCUACACAGCCAACGGGGCUGACUACCGUGGCACUCAGAACCAGACCUCCCAAUAUGCAGGGAAGCCUUGUCUUUAUUGGAAUGAGACCUUUGAGCAUCCUUACAAUACUGUGAAAUAUCCCAAUGGGGAGGGAGGGCUUGGAGAGCACAACUACUGCAGAAACCCAGAUGGGGAUGUCAGCCCAUGGUGCUAUAUUGCAGAACAUGAAGAUGGAAUAUACUGGAAGUACUGUGAGAUCCCAUCCUGCCGAAUGCCAGGGAAUCUGGGCUGUUACAAGGACCAUGGGGAGCCACCACCCCUGACUGGCACCAGCGAGACCUCCAACAAGCUCACCAUCCAGACGUGCAUCAGCUCCUGCCGCAGCCAGCAGUUCAAGUUUGCAGGCAUGGAAUCAGGUUAUGCUUGCUUCUGUGGAAAUAAUCCUGACUACUGGAGAUACGGGGAGGCAGCCAGCACGGAAUGCAACAGUGUUUGCUUUGGAGACCACACUCAGCCCUGCGGUGGGGAUGGCAGAGUCAUUCUCUUUGACACCCUUAUUGGUGCCUGUGGAGGGAAUUACACUUCUGCCACAGCUGUGAUCUAUUCCCCAGAUUUUCCUGACACAUAUGGCACAGGCAAAGUCUGUUAUUGGACCAUACAAGUUCCAGGAGCAUCUCAAAUCCACUUCACCUUUGUCCUUUUUGAAAUCAAAGAUGCUACAGAUAUGGUAGAAUUGCUGGAUGGUUACACCUACCACGUUCUGGCUCGUUUCAAUGGCAAGAACAAGCCUCCCCACACCUUUAACAUCUCUUUGGAUUUUGUCAUUCUGUACUUUUUCUCAGAUGACAUCAAUCAAGCCCAGGGAUUUGCUAUCAGGUACAGAGCUGUGAAGGACAAUGUGCACCAAAACAAGAUCCCAGUGAAUCACACCCUUCCAGAGAGGACAAAUGAACAAGCAAAUCUCAGCAUCAAUGCAGCCCGGUCAUCAAAGAUACUUUAUGUCAUCACAACCAGCCCAAGCCACCCAACCAGCUCCAUGCCUGAAUGGACAAUAUACAGCCUCACAGCGCUGCUCAUCCUAAGUGCUACAGCCAUAAUUGCAAAGAUACUUCUGCAUGUUACCAUGAGGUCCCACCAGAUUCCAGCUGCAGCUGAAACAGAGGAUUGCAGUGAUGUCACUACUGCUGGUGAGAUCUGGAGUAUAUUUUACCAACCAUCCACAUCAAUUUCCAUCUUCAAGAAAAAGCUUCGAAAUCAGCAAGAUGAUUGCAACCCACUGGUGGGAGACUGAGCUGUCUUAUCUUGCAAGAAUUGAUCUCCUUAAAAUCCAGGUGACUUGAGAUUAAUCUUCCUUUUUUUCCUCCCAACCUCAUCCUGUUUUCCAAAAAGUCCAUUUCCAAAGGCCUUUGAGUCACUUUGCCUCUCUGCUGUUCUCUUGGAUAUAGCAGUGACAAUGGAUUUAAUUGCAGCAAUAAUUCUGAAAUACCUGGUGCUCCUCAAGUCUGUAGUGCUGUUAAUUACUGCCUUUAAAGCAUUGCACUCAAAAUAGAUGUAAAAACUUGUAAAAUUCAACAUGUCCUGUACCCCUGCCCAAGGUAACUGAAGGGGUUUUUACAGGUUGAGGAUUUCUUGUGUCCCCCUUGCCUGUGCCACUGUAUUAGAUCAGGCUACUUGAGUCCUUUUAUUCUCAAGCUGAAGACAGAGGUAGGUACUGCUAACCUGUUCAGCAAACAGAGCUUAUUUACCUUGAUGUAAACACAUCUCAAUGGUAUUGUACAGGAGAAUGGGAAUCAAAGACUGGAAAAAUGAUCAGCCUGGUUGCUCAGUGCUGUGCUCUUUCUGCAUGUUCUGUUUCUGUGUCUACAAGCAGAGAUGCAGACAUAAAAAAAUCAAAUUCAGGAUGCCUCUAUAACAAGAUUCAGCUACAAAUAUUCAUUUUGGUUGACUAGAGCUUACCAGGUCAAGGCCUGCAGAAGCAUUGAAGCCUUUUAAAUGACUCUGACCCAUCAUUCACUGAUGUUUAUGAUCAUUUUGUUCAUAUUCACAGUGAUCCUUUAAAAAACUAGUUAUACUCCAGCCUGAGAGCCAGCAUUCAUCCUGGGUAUAAGCUUAGGGCUUCUUAAAGGAUUGUCCAAAGAUAAUCCACUGAAUUUUUAUCAGUGAGGCUGACUAACCAAUUUUUGCUCUGAAGUCACAAGUAUUGAUCUCAGCAGCCCAAACAUUUUACAAAGUUGUAGACUGAUAUCACCAACUCCCCUGGGCCAGGCUGUGCAGCUGAGCAUGCACAAAACAGCUGCCUGGACACUCACCUGUGGGGAGAAGUGUCUCCUUACCUGCAGCACUAAAACUGAACUGAAUUUUUAAGGUAAUUGCCUUACUUGUCAAAGAACUAAAACAUCAGUGGGGUUCUGAUCUGUGAACUAUUUUCUUUGAUGCUGCAACAGACAGCAUUAACUAUUUCUGCUCUUUGGUGGACUGGCUGUCCAUCCACAACACUCAGAUUUCUCAUCCCACCACCUGAAGUGGGAAACAAGUGAUUCCAAGGGAUCAGCAGUGAAUCUUUCUGCCUCAGCAAGUUCAGACCAGCAAGAUAUUUAGGAAAAACUGUCAAUGCAAAUGUCAGAUAAAUUGACUGGAAAGUGUACAGUGUGCAGCUCCUUAAACUCAGAGAAAGUUCACUGAGAACCAUUAAACUACACUAAUUCUGGUUAAGUUUGAACAUAUACCAAUGGUCUGCAUAUACCAGAUGUGCAGUCAGAGAAUAUCUAUUAAGUACAUCUACAAAAGGUAAUUAAGAAUAGUAAAAUAAUUGUCUCGGAGUUUAAAUUCAUUCCAGAAUCUGUCCUUAUAUUUUUUAACAUAUAACUCCCUCCUUUUUGUGAGAACUACAGAUUUCACUGAAAAAUCAGGGCAAAGAAUUAAGCAGAUUUCACUUAAGCACAAGUGAAAUCUUGUGCCUUACAAGUGCAGAUCUGGUCUUUUACCUGAACUGAAUUCAAUCCAGCUUGAUUUAUGCACCACAGAUGAGUGCUAGAGACAGCUGAACAACAUCACAAUGCAUGCUUAAAAGAAGCCAGACUUUACUAAGCCAGCAAUUAUGGAAUUGUUUAUAUAAAAAAUGGAACAGCAUGGGAACAUCUAGUACUUUCUUGCAUGAGCUGCUGGAAAGAAUACAGGAAAAUAUAAUUACAGUAUUAGCUAAAUGAAGACAGGACAAGUUGUAAAAGCUGUGCUGGUUCUCUCUGAUGUGUCUCCAUGUUGGACCAAAAA